CGCUUCCCCCUCUUCUGGCAAGCAGAAACAUUGCACUCCACAGCUCCCCACACCCAGCAGCGCCACAUUGGAGAGCCCGGCAAGCUGGCUAAGCGCCGCUCCUCCCUUGCCUUGCUGAUUUAUUCCAACCUGAUGGCCGAGGCCGAGGAUGCUGAAGUUCAGGCGCCCAACACGCUGCCGCAGCCCCUUGCAGUGUUGCGCUGCCGGCCAGAGGGAGCGUAUGGCGGCCCUGAGACGGUGUUCUACGUGUUAGGCACCGCUCACGUAUCAAGUGAAAGCUGCGAGGAUGUCACCGCUCUCAUUCGGGCUGUGAAGCCACAGGUUGUGGUUGUGGAGCUGUGUGCAGAGCGCAAGCCCAUCCUGACUGCGGACAAGCUGCGGGAGCCGACGCUGACGGAGGUGCUGACAGAGAUCCGCGCGGGGCGCGCCUCGCCCUUCCAAGGCAUCUACUCGUGGCUGCUGGCCAAGGUGGGCAAGCACCUGGAUGUGAUGCCCGGGGAGGAGUUCAGGGUGGCGCUGCGGGAGGCGCACGCCCUCGGCGCACACGUCGUGCUGGGGGACCGCCCGCUCACCAUCACGCUGGCGCGCGUGUGGCACGCGCUGAGCCUGUGGGAGAAGCUGAAGCUGACGGGCACGCUGCUGUGGACGGGGCUGAGCUUGCUGGACACGGAGGAGAUGCGGCAGGAGAUUGAGAAGAUGAAGGAGACCGACGUGCUGACAGAGGCGAUCAAGGAGUUUGGGAAGGAGUUCCCCAGCCUGAUCAGGCCGCUGCUGACGGAGCGUGACCAGUUCAUGACCUUCAUGCUGCGCAAGCUGGCGCCACGCGCGCACACGGUGGUGGCCAUUGUGGGGGCGGGCCACCUGCAGGGCAUCCGCGACCACUGGGACAAGCAGAUCAACAUCGCAGAGAUCACGGCCAUGCCCGCGGAGCGGCAGCCGCCCGCCUGGCGCUGGCGCCGCGUUGCGCUGCUCACCGCCGGCGGCGUGCUGGUCAGCACCGCGCUGCUGCGCAUGCGGCGGUGAGGGGCGCCGGGACCGCCCCCCGGCCCGUGCUGCAGCGCGUGGCACUCCCGCCGAGCCAGUGGCAGCCGGCGCCGACCCUGUGCUGAGGCACGGCUGUGCCGCCUCGGAGCAUUUUUGUUUUGAACUAGCUGUAGCUACCCCGUUUCGCACCCCUGUAUAUCUGACGUGCGGACCCUCAGGAAUUAAUCUCUUUUCAUUUUUCCCGAACAUGCGCAUUGGAUCUGAAUGUUUGUGUAAAUGUGCUGCACC